UCUUUCUACUAAACCCAAUGCGCCGUUCACAACUAUCGCUUCCCAAUGCGCCGUUCACAACUAACGCUUCUCUGCAUAUCCUCUCGCCGCUCCUCCCCAGCUCUCUCUUGCCGUUCGAGAACUCUCCCUUCGAGCUCGAUUUCUCCCUCUCAUCUGGUUCGAGCACUCUUCACCGACAAAAAGAUGUGUUGUCGGAUUUGCACAAGAAAUAUGGGUCUGUUGUCAAGUUGUGGUUGGGUCCGACUGAGCUAUGAGCGUCAAUAAAGGAUUGCAACACAGUAAUGUCAGAAGAAAAAAAGGCCUGUGUUUCUAUUUAGUGAAGAGAGAUAUAUAAUUAUGAUGAUGAAGAAAACGACCAAAAUCACCAUGAUCAAGGAUCUCAGGAGAUGGAAGCAUUGAGAUAUAGCAUAGCCCAUAUUCAGGGAGCAUUGGUGUAGUUCACCCCCUCGAUGUCGGAUAAGUGGAUUUGCGAAAAUUGUGGCACUGUGGGGCUGGUUGAAGGCAAUGAUGGCUACUUCUACUGCACCAACUGCAGCACACGAGCCGAGGACUACCAGGACACCGGAGUCGCAGAUGAGGAUUUUUACGAUAAAGAUGGUGAUGCACGUGGAGGCCUCUACUCUAAUCGUCAUGUCCGCCGCGGCGUUAGCUCUGCCGUCAAACCUGAGCCUCUUUCCCAACCCUUAGACAACAUCUCGCCUUUUUAUAACGCUUUUAGUCAAACCAAAACAGAGGAUCACAAUGCUGUGGAUGCCAAGGGACCCACGGGUCCCACAGAUUUCGGACUGGAUGGAAUCAUAGAGUUGAGUGUGGAGGACUAUUAUACACAGAUUAGACUUAGGUAUGUGAUGGGACUGCAGCGGCUGAUUGAGCUCCAAUGCGAGGCUUUGGUUAGGAAGUUUAAGGUAAACCCUAUGAUUUGUGGGUUGUCUGCGACCAUUUGGCUACGCUUCCUGGCAGGGACUCGGGUUUUCGAUGAUGAUUGGGCUGACUCUGAGAUGUGCCGAGGCCGACAAGGAGACACGUUAGAAGGUUAUAAGCCGCGUGCUAAUUACAGAGCAGAACCGCACACAAAGUAUGGUCAGCGAGCAGUAAUGGUAUGGUUUAGGUCGUUGAGAAACACUAUACCAUUAUCUUAUACUCUAGCUGUUUCCUUUCUGGCUUGUCAUCUUUCCAGGGAAGCAGUCCUACCAACAGAUAUAGUAAAAUGGUCAUUAGAAGGAAACCUUCCAUAUUUUUCUGCAUUUCUUCAAAUUGAAAAAGAAUUAGGAGGGCCUUCACGCGCAUGUCCAAUAAGUUCAAGCUUAAUGUUUAGGCCUACUGAAUCUGUGCCAGUGCAGAAGUUGGAAUCACUGGCAGCAACCAUUUCUGAGUCCAUAGGCUUGCACUUACCUCCAGUCAAUUUUUAUGCUAUAGCUUUACGCUAUCUAGGUAAGUUAUCUCUUCCAGUUGAAAAGAUCCUCCCUCAUGCGUGCCGCAUUUAUGAGUGGUCAAUGCCUCCAGAUUUGUGGUUAUCAACAAAUGAGUUUAGGCUUCCUACUCGUGCUUUUGUAAUGUCAAUAGUGAUUGUAGCAGUGAGAAUUCUGUACAAUAUUCAUGGUUUUGGAGAAUGGGAAAAAUGUUUGUCCCGUAAACAUGCUUUGUCUUCCACAUCAAACCAAAAAGGAGAUCUUGAUACCAUAUCCAGCUCCAAAAUGAGGUCUGGCUCAGAAGAGGAUUCAGGUUCUCCGUCCCGCAGUCUGGAUGAUUUGGGUACAGAUAUUGGUAGAAACUCGUCAAAUGCUCAGAGCUCUGAAUUGGAUGCUGCAGAACUUCUGUCCAGCCUUGAAGCAAGAUAUAAUGAAAUUGCCGAUUCUUAUGAAUAUUGCAAGGACUUGCCAACGUAUCUGCAGUUCUGCAAGGAUGUAGUCUUUGCUGGAUCAAAAUCAUUGUUGAAUGAUGAAAAGGAAGAAGAGCUAAUUGAAUCAUUAUGGGAAUUUUAUCAGAGUGGAAAGGAUUCCGAAACAGCAGCCGGAAAAGGAUUGUUUGGUGAUAGAGAUGUUGAACAGAAAAUGUUGAGGGACAGUGACGAAUGUGCAAGUGAUGGCACUCCCUUCGCAGGCGACCAUCAAAGGAACAAAACUGGCGAUCAUUCCUGUGCCAGUUCACAAAAUAGUCAUGGCUCAGGAGCUAAUGACGCGGAAACUCUCAAAGAUGAAGCCAUUCGUCGAAUGAAAUUAGACAUGGAGGAGAAGAGGUUUUGCUAUAUUCCCCCGAGGGUGAACCUCAAAAGAUUUGAUUACCUUCACUAUGUGCGGAAGAAGGAUGAAGGUGCGUAUACUUACGUUGCACAUGCAGAUUAUUACAUCUUGCUUCGUUCUUGCGCUAGAGUUGCCCAGGUUGAAAUUCGGUGUAUGCACAUCGCGGUGUUGAGCAUCGAGAGGAGGCUGGCAUGGUUGGAAAAGAGAAUCAAUCACUGCUUGCAUUUGACCCCUCCCGUUGUAUCAUGCCAGUAUUGCACUGAAAUGUUUCCAGAUGCGGAAAAUAAUAUUGGGGAGUCGAUUGAUUAAUGGUCGAGAUUGAAUGAUAUAUGAAUUAAUGGUUGAGAUUGAAAA